AUGCAGCAAAGCCAAUGCGGUGCUGAUCUCCAGUUACAGCAAUUCAUCAGCCAAAAUUUGAGUCUCCCUAAUGAUGAUGAGAAGGCCAUUGCAAAAAUGCAUAUCCACAAGAUCGUAAUGGAUGCACGAUUUGGACAAGGUUCAUGCCUUCGCAUGCAAGAAGAAGAAAUAGCCUCACAAGGUGAUGCCGGGGCACCGUCAAGUGCUAGGGAUAGCGCUCAGUCGCGUGAAAUGUAG